AUGGUGUGGUGGCUCGAUUCUCCCAGUGCCUGGCUGAGUUUCGGACGUGGUUAAGAACCAACUGGUUGAGGUUCAAUGCAGACAAGACGGAUGUGAUGCUGCUCUUCUAGUAUCAGUAGGCUUUCAACAUUUAUUUUUUGUCAACCCAAGUUUAAAUAUUGACUGUUUGCAUUUGAAUACAAAGAAGACAUCUGUAGUACUCAUCCAAAGUGCUGAAGAACUCAGGGUAAUGGAUGGAAGCAACAAGGAGUAGAAAAUGUGCAUCAGAUGUUUAUGUUUAAUUGGUUUACAGACUGUCUGUGGACUCUUUUCCUGUCAAAUUACCAGCCAUCUGUUGAGUCUUCAAGUCCAGGAGGUUCAGCAACAUCAGAUGACCAUGAAUUUGAUCCAUCAGCUGACAUGCUGGUUCAUGAUUUUGAUGAUGAACGAACAUUAGAAGAAGAAGAAAUGAUGGAAGGAGAAACAAACUUCAGUUCUGAAAUAGAGGAUCUUGCAAGGGAAAGCGACAUGCCAAUUCAUGAACUUCUCAGGCUUUAUGGUUAUGAUAGUACUAGUCGACUACCUGAAGAAGAUGAGGAGGAGGAAGAAGAGGAGGAGGAAGGUGAAGAUGAUGAAGAUGCUGAUAAUGAUGAUAAUAGUGGCUGUAGUGGAGAAAAUAAAGAAGAGAAUAUAAAGGAUUCAUCAGGUCAAGAGGAUGAAACUCAGUCUUCCAAUGAUGAUCCAUCACAGUCUGUUGUUUCUCAAGAUGCACAGGAAAUAAUCCGCCCACGUCGAUGUAAAUAUUUUGAUACAAAUAGUGAAAUAGAAGAAGAAUCUGAAGAAGAUGAAGAUUAUAUUCCAUCAGAAGACUGGAAAAAGGAGAUUAUGGUGGGCUCCAUGUUUCAAGCAGAGAUUCCAGUUGGCAUUUGUAGAUACAAAGAAAAUGAAAAAGUAUAUGAAAAUGAUGAUCAGCUCCUGUGGGACCCUGAGUACUUACCAGAAGAUAAAGUGAUUGUAUUUCUUAAGGAUGCAUCUAGAAGAACAGGUGAUGAGAAAGGUGUAGAAGCAAUUCCUGAAGGAUCUCACAUAAAAGAUAAUGAACAGGCAUUAUAUGAAUUGGUUAAAUGCAGUUUUGACACAGAAGAAGCAUUGAGAAGAUUAAGAUUUAAUGUAAAAGCCGCUAGAGAGGAAUUAUCUGUUUGGACAGAAGAAGAGUGUAGAAAUUUUGAACAAGGGCUGAAGGCCUAUGGAAAGGAUUUUCAUUUGAUUCAGGCUAAUAAAGUUCGAACGAGGUCAGUUGGUGAAUGUGUAGCAUUCUAUUAUAUGUGGAAAAAAUCUGAACGUUAUGAUUUCUUUGCUCAGCAAACGCGAUUUGGAAAAAAGAAAUACAAUCUUCAUCCUGGUGUAACGGAUUACAUGGAUCGACUUCUAGAUGAAAGUGAAAGUGCUGCUUCUAGUCGAGCACCAUCCCCUCCCCCAACUGCCUCAAAUAGUAGUAACAGCCAGUCUGAGAAAGAAGAUGGCACUAUAAGCAAUAGUAAUCAAAAUGGGGUGUCAUCUAAUGGACCAGGUGAAAUAUUAAACAAAGAAGAAGUAAAAGUUGAAGGGUUACACGUUAAUGGACCAACAGGUGGAAUUAAGAAACCACUUCACGCAGAUAUGGAUAGUAAUGGUUAUGAAACAGAUAACCUUACCACUGACCCAAAACUUGCCCAUAUUGAUGAAAAAAGUGAGAGACCUGCCAAAAGGCGAAGGGUAAACAGCAAUGGAAAAGAAAGUCCAGGUUCUUCUGAAUUUUUCCAAGAAACAAUCUCACAUGGAAAAUUUGAAGAACUUGAAAACACAGAUGACUGAAUUUUAGACUUAUUUUACUUUCUUUGAAGUAAAUCCUGGUGUGACUAAAAUUUUCAGGAUUUAUGGGUUACCUUAAAAACUUGACUUCCUUGAAGCAA